CUUUAUAAAGCACCCGAACUCAUGCAAGUUAAACAUAACUCAGUCACUUCUAGUUCUCCCUCUUCUUUCUGCUGCAGCAGUUAACUAACAUAAGUAUGGUUUCUCUAGAAGCCUUUCAGGCGACCUCCGCGGCCCUUGAGCCAACCUCAAGCCCCAGAAUUUCUUUCUCUGCUGAUUUUCUUGAUGACAGAAAUUUUAUAUCUAUUAGUCCAAAACCUCCCCCAGAAAAGGAGCGUGAAAAGGCAAAAGAUAUUAAAGAGAAGACGCGUAAUGCAGAAUUUGAGUUUCUCUCAAACAAUUUAACCAGUGAUUCCAUGAUUACUGCUGACGAGUUGUUUUUUGAGGGCAAGUUACUCCCGUUUUGGCAAAUGCAUCAUGCCGAAAAGCUUAACAAGUUGAGCCUUAAAACUGAACAACCUGAAGAGGGAAGAGAUGAAGCAGAUGUGAUCAACAAAGAAGAGCCAAGAAUUAGCUGGUUCCUUGAUGAUGAUCCGUCUCCUAGGCCACCUAAGUGCACUGUUUUGUGGAAAGAGCUACUAAGGUUGAAAAAACAACGGGCUUCAUCUUUGUCACCAUCUUCAUCUACUUCCUCUUCUUCCUCCUCCUCUUCGGGUUCUCUUGCUGAUAUGCAUCCAGCAGAUGGAAGCAAAGAAAGUGCAGUAAAUAGACAGAAGCAUGUGAAGAGGAUUAAGAAAGGGUUGGAGAGGACUAGAUCAGCUAGCUUAAGAGUUAGACCUGUUAUUAAUGUGCCAAUUUGCACACAGGGAAAGAACAGUGCACUCCCUCCUCUGUUUUCCAUCAGGAAAGGAAGAUUAGAGAGGUAGAAAACGGGGAAGAGGAAUAGUACUAUUUUGUUGUUGACUUGUAGAAAGAGUGAAAUAUUUUUUUCUGUUCUCAUUUUUGUAUGCUAUCUUGUGUGACGUUUAGACUAA